CAACACUGCAGUCCUACAUCGUGGCGAUUCUCCUCAGGAAGCAUGCGAUCGGCUGGCUUUCAGGUUACAGAGCCCCGAAACCUCCCCCAGUUUCCAGAACCGGUCGAUGCUGGAUAAGCCGAGACCCUCAGACUCACUCAGGGGGACGGUGCCCGGUAUUUAUAUCGAACAAAAAGUUCACGCACAAGACGGCUCAGCUCAUCAUAUUAAUACGCAUCGCUGCCGCCAGUCCGGCCAAUUCGAAUUCCUCAGCGUUGAUCUUGGGAUUCAUCCGCCAGUCUUUCCUGAAUUGAAACACCGCUAAUUACCAUGAAGUACGCGCGCAACAGUUUCCUCGUGGCCCUGUAUUGGCCGCGAGUCGCCAAGGCCUUGGAUAAUGGGGUCGGCUUGACGCCUCACAUGGGAUGGAGCAGCUGGAAUGUCGCCCAGUGCGAUGCUGCCUCGGCCAAGUAUGCCCUCGACACGGCCGAGAAGUUUAUUUCGCUCGGGCUCAAGGACCUCGGGUACGAAUACAUCAACAUUGACGACUGCUGGUCGCUCAAGUCUCGCGACGAGAACGGGAAGCUUGUGCCCGAUCCGGGCAAAUGGCCCGACGGCAUCAAACCCGUCGCCGAUCGGAUCCACGACCUGGGGCUCAAGUUUGGUCUGUACGGCUGUGCCGGCCAGAAGACCUGCGCCGGUUACCCCGGGAGCGACGGGGAUAAGUACGCGGCCUCGGAUGUCUCUCAGCUGGUCGAGUGGGGAGUCGAUUUUUGGAAGUAUGACAACUGCUACACCCCCUGCUUGGACAACCCACCGCCGCAAACCUGCCAGAGACCGGCGGGAAACAGCCAAGAGUGGUACGCCCCGAUGCGGGAUGCCAUCCUGGGCGUCCAGGAGACGCGCAAGAUCCACUUCAACCUCUGCAACUGGGGACGUGACGACGUCUGGGGGUGGGGCGAUGACUACGGACACUCGUGGCGGAUGAGCGUCGACAACUGGGGAGACUGGGAGAGCGUCGAGCGGAUCGGCAGCGCGGCGGCCGACAUUGCCGAGUACAGCGGGCCGGGCGGGUUCAACGACCUCGACAUGCUGUACCUCGGGUCGCCGAAGCUUAACGCCAACGAGGAGCGCCUCCACUUCGGCCUCUGGGCCAUCGCCAAGUCGCCCCUCGUGCUGGGGCUCGACCUCGCCACCAUCUCGAACGCGACGCUCGACAUCAUUCGCAACAAGGGCAUCAUCGACAUCAACCAGGACAGGCUGGGCAAGGCCGCUACCACCUUCACCCCGCCCGGCCGGCCCGGCCCGGAGAGCGAGAGCGGCAGGAUCUACCCGUACUGGGCCGGCCCGCUCAGCGACGGCGUCGUCAUCGGCCUCUGCGCCGGCUCCUCGGCGGGGACCUACGCCGUCGACUUCAGGGACGUCCCGGGCCUCGGGGACGGCAGCUACUCGUGGGAGGAGAUGUACACGGGCCAGACCGGCACCGGCACCGGCGUCUCGUUCGACAUUGACCUCCACGACAUGCGGGUCAUCAAGGUGAAGACGGCGGGCACGAAAGGAGGACGGGCGGCAGAACUUUGAGUUGUCCAAGACAAAUACAUACGGUAAUUAAGCAGUGUGCAAACGUUGUACCUUAAUUACCUACCUUUGCAGGGGGACAGCUUGAUAACAUGGGUAAUUAAUACAUUAUUAGAGCCAUCUUGAGCCCCUCUCGGCAACGUAGGUAGUGAUUGGCUCGAAAUGUACAUACACUACCUCGCGAGUCCUUGAUUUGACCAUAAUUAUUCUCUGGAGAA